GUGUAUGUGUCUUCCCUUUGGGUCGAUGGAGUGGGCGCUUCACGAAGAAGGCCGCGAAGAAGAAUAUAAAAGUUUGCUGCAGCAACUCGAACAGCUUCAACAUGAAGGAGAAGAGAUGAAGAGAGUCUGCGCAUGCAUGCAGCAGCUAAUAAUGAGUCUUUCUCUUCCUCCAGGUGUUGAAGAGGAGACAUCAAUAGUCUUCGGAAAUAGAAGCAGAAUUUGUCUCCGAUCUUCUGCUAAUGUUGAAGACCUUAAAGGAGGUUUAAAGCAUCAGAGGUUUUUAUAUGCAUGCAAAGAUAAAGAUACAGAUGCAUACACCCCAAAUAAUAAUAAUAAUCAUAAUCUUAAUCAUAAUAAUCAAACGCCUGAGGUGUAUGCUGAGCUUGUACCCGGGCUAGGAGAAGCCCUUGCAAGCUCAACUAUGAGGGGGUCUGCUUACAGAAUGCUUAUUGAUAAAGAAACAGGGGCUUACAAGCUGCUGUCUGCAUGCAGUUAUUCAAAUAUCAUCCUACCAGUCAUCCCUCGCAGCAAAAGCUUCCUUACGCUGCGAGACAACGGAAGUGCAGGUUCUUCGACUGUGGAGCCAGAGAAGUUGUUAAGAUUUAAGGUGUAUGAUCAGACAGCAGAUUCUUUUGCUUCUUCUCAUUCUUUGCGAGAAAAGAUAGCUAAACAAAUUGCUGCUGUUUCUGUCUUUCUAGACGGCCCUCAGGACGUGGAGGGUGUAAUAUCAAAGAAUGAUAUUUAUAUUGUGCAAGCGAGACCCCAAGCAGAAGAAUAA